ACCGGAUCGAUGGAUGGAUAGGAUAGCUCGAAGCGAAUGCCAGCCGACGCAGCAGUGUUGUUCGGACCGCAGACUGUUUAAGAUGCAGCUGUAAACCCAUUUCAAAAGGGAAUUGAUCAUGUCGCUUAAUUGCAACAGUCCUCGUCUGAAAAUCACUCGACAGCCGCAGUCUACUUACAAUUUCCCUUACGAGAGCGAAGUCAAAAACGGCCGCGGAUAUCUCUACGCCGAUCCUGCUAAUGAAAAAAGAUGGAUCCGCGUCCAAUUGGAAAAUUGGGAGGGCGAAGAGGACGAGGUUUGCAUCAGAUGUUCACUCGUCACCGACAGCCCUGAUCGUUCACCGCACUUCCACCGCCUAGGAAUAAGGAAGACAAAUCGAAUUCACAUUCAAGAAUACCAAGACGGCGUAUUGUCGAAACGUGAUAACUGCAUAACUGCGACGUUUCCUGGCUUGUCGAUCGUCCGUACCAAAAUACCAAAUAGUGGCGACAAAGAGAUAAUUAAAAUGAUGUGGUUGAGGCGAGACUCGGUCAGAAUCAAGUUCGAGGCGUUUGUGUUUGACGAUGGGACGUCGUCUCGACAGUACAUCUGCAAUCCCGUCUACUCUCAACCUAUCGGCCCUUCAAUAAUCUAUAGCUCUGUUAUAUCAUGAAACAAUUAUCCAAUACAGACAAUUUGUCAAUAGUCAGUGAAAUAAAAAUGGUUUUGAAAAUCAAAGGCGAUCAAAAGUGUUCGCAUUGUUUUUCUGG